GAGUCAGGCCAGAUACGAAAGGCACAGAAUUUAUAAUCGUUGAAAUCAUAUAGGCAUUUGUGAAGUAAAAUAUAUUUCAAUGCUUUUGGAAAUAAUGUAAAAUGGCUAUAAACCUAGAUAAACAUAAAGAAGCUUUAAUCAGUGCGUGGAGAGAUGUAUUAGACGAAAAAACCGAAACGAACUGGGCCUUGUAUGGUUAUGAAGGGCUCACAAAUGAUCUCAAGUUCGUCAGCAAAGGAGAUGGAGGCUUAACUGAGUUGAUUGAUGACUUGAAUAGUGGGAAAAUACAAUAUGCAUUCUUAAAAGUGGAUGUACCAAAUGGAAGCAUAUCUAAAUAUGUGCUUAUCAACUGGCAGGGUGAAGGUGCACCAACUGUUAGGAAAGGAACCUGUGCAAACCACAUUAAACAUGUGGCUAAUUUCUUCACUGGUUUCCACCUGACCAUGCACGCAAGAACCGAAGAUGACUUAGAUGAAAAGAUAAUCCUAGACAAACUGGCCAAAGCUGGUUCAGCAUUUAAUUUCAAGUCGAGUAGACCUGAGGAAUUACCGCCAAGUGGACCAGUUGGGACUGCAUAUCAGAAAGUUAAUCCGGUAAAAGAAAUCAAUUCAAAAGAGAGAGACCAGUUUUGGCAGAAAGAAGAAAUUGAAGAGAAGAAAAGAAUAGAAGCAGAAAAGAAAAGGAAAGAGGAGGAUAAAAGAAAAGCCGAGGAAAUGGUCAGAAGAAGAGACGAGUUAGAAGCACAGAAAAGAGCCAAAGCCGAACACGACAAAAGUCCAGUGGAAACUGUGAGUCCUACCGGGGUGAGUGCGAGCGAGGCGCUCCGGCGGCAACGGUCUGCGGAAGCGAGACAGCUGAUCGGCUCCUCCACCGCUGCUGCACGAGCACUCUUCCAACAGAACUUGGCUCAAGGACAGAUCAACACCUCAAGAUCAAAUUCGAUCCCAGAAAAGCCCGUACGUAGUUCAGUGAUCGCGCAACGCAUCAACACGUUCACGCGAGGUCAAUCACCCCAACCGGUUUCGCCGGUCAAAGCCCCUACGAAAUUGGACACGAACAUUCCGGAAGUCGGGGCGCAGCCCGAAACGAGUCCCCUGAAGAACAUCGACAAGAUCAAGAUGAGUCUAGAGAGUCCUUCCCAGAUUCAGUACGAGCCGAUCAUCGACCCGUCGGACUUGAGUCCCAGCACUGACGUCGAGCCGGCCUCGUUCGGUGACGUCACGUACGCGGAAUGCAAACGUGACGACAGCUACAGAGACAUCGGAACGGACUCGUCGAAGCAAAGCGAGCCGAUGAUAAAGCAGAACAUUCUGGAAAACGAUAUGUUCGACGCAGCGUACUCUAGUUCGAACGAAAACGACGAUGACGACAGCGACAAUAAGUUCAGCACGAUCAAACGGUCGCCGUACAGUAAGAGUAGUGCGGCCGAAGACACCGGCAAGGAGCUCAGCCGACAGAACACAGUCAUAGAGAAUGUUAAUUACAAAAAAGAAGCCAACGGUACCUUAAAUGAAGAUGCAUCACCUGAGGGUUUAGAAGAAGAGGGUACAAUAUACGAAGAUCUCAAUGAAGAUCCUGGACUGACCGCUAGGGCGCUGUACGAUUAUCAAGCUGCGGACGAGUCUGAGAUAACUUUCGACCCGGGGGACAUCAUAUCGCACAUCGAGCAGAUAGACGCGGGCUGGUGGCAGGGGCUCGGGCCGCGGGGGGAGUUCGGCCUGUUCCCCGCCAACUACGUGGAGCUUCUGCCGGCGCACCCCCGCUAAACACCCCACCCCCCAACCCCCCGCCUACCGGUGGUAAGUCACCUCAGACAGAAUGGAUUAAACGCUCCCAUACAUGUGAAAAAGUAUUUUUCCCUACCUAUUCUUGUUACCUCGAGG